AUGACGGCCUCCGACGACGAAGAAAACGACAUCUUCGGUGCUCACCAGCUAGACUAUGUGCCGCCAGCGCCUAUCAAAUCAGCUGGGGUGGCGGAAGUAGAUUUUGAUGGCGUACUAUCGCCCCCACUGAAGGUUUACGAGGAUCUCAAGAAUGGAUGUGGUGGACAGCUGUGGCCAGCAGGCAUGGUGCUCGGCAAAUAUAUGCUCAGGAAGCACAAGGAUGACCUUGAGGGGAAGACGAUCGUCGAACUCGGCGCUGGAGGUGGGCUUGUUGGCCUAGCCGUAGCCGUUGGCUGUAAGGUAACCACAACCCUGCACAUCACCGACCAGGACGAGAUGUUCGAACUUAUGAAAAAGAACAUCGCUCUCAACGACCUCUCUUCGCGCGUCUCGGCUUCGUUAUACGACUGGGGCCAGCCAACACCGUCUGGACUGCCACAACACCCAGAUGUGGUUCUAGCAGCUGAUUGUGUCUACUUUGAACCCGCCUUUCCCUUGCUACAGCAAACGCUCAAAGACAUCAUUGGACCCAAUACAGUGUGCUACUUCUGCUUCAAGAGGAGGAGGAGAGCAGACUUGACGUUUAUGAAAACGGCAGGCAAGAUGUUUGAUGUGAAGGAGGUAGAUGAUGAUCCUGAUAGAGAGAUUUGGUCCAAGGAGAGACUUUUCCUAUACCGGAUAACGAAGAAGCAGGAACAGGCUUAA